UGUUUUAUUAUAGCUGCAGUCAAGACUAGCUUGAAUAACAGAGAACAAGUGAAGUUCGAGUCCUCAAGGGGGAGAGGGCUGAGUCAAAACCAAUAUCACAUGAGGUUGAGAGAUUGAAAAUAAAGUAAUUCUGGCUGGUUGAAGCAUGAAGAUCAGCGUGGCUGCUCUGAUCGGGGGUCUGCUGGGGGUCACUGGGGUUCUCUGCUUUUUGUUGGCAUUUGCUACAGAUUACUGGUUACUAGUGAGUGAAAACUGUGGGGGUCUGGAGAAGCCGACGACCACAGAGUACAACGUUACACAAGAACAGAUCAACAGUACAGAGGUUUCAGUCGUCGAUGUGGCCAAAUCAAACAUUUCGUUUUACACUCUGCAUCAUGAGGGAUUUUUUUGGCACUGUUUGUUUCACGUUGACCCCUCACAGCAUGAACUAUGGGCUGUUCUGUUCACAAACCAGCCGGAGUUAAAACAGUGUACUCAUGGAUAUCUCUUCCCACUUCCUGUUGUGACCGGACCUGUUCCCUACCCUCUUUACGAUACUACUGCAGUGUUUCGGGGAUACUGGACCAUAAUUAUAAUCCUGGGUAUUGCAGCAGGAUGGAUAGGUGGAUUCCUGUUGGUGUGUGCUGUUCCCUUUAUUAGCCACAAACUGUAUCGAGUGGGGGGAGCCUUUCUCAUCACUUCAGCGUGUCUUUUCCUGGUUCUGGUGUCUCUAUUUGUUCUGUGGUACGAGUUGGUGGAUGUAAGACAAUAUAUUCUACAGGAGAGAGGACACUUCUGCCCUGAUGCUGAGCUAGAAGUGCAUUAUGGCUGGUCCUUCAUGGUGGCAGCAGCUGGAAUCCCACUGGUCCUUGUUUCUGGUCUCCUUUUCUUCCUUGUAGGAAAAACCCUGCAGGAACACACAACAUAAAAGCCUGAAAAUAAAGAUCCCAU